GUCAACGACUUCCGCGAAUGGAAAGCAUUUGGUACGGGCGGGACUCCGCCAACCUGGGCAGGAUACAUGCGCAUGUCGAAACUGCGGGCUCGACGCGCCCUCACCAAGAACAACCGCCACCACAACCUCCGCGAUCCCGCCCCGCUCCAGAAGACGGGGCCCUCCUACCUGCCCACGGGCACGCUCCCGCUCCGCUCGGGCCCGCGACCACGCAUGAUGCCGCGGACCCUCCCGCAGCGCCAGUACCCGGAGCCCAUCGACCCGUCCGUGCAGGCGCGGCUGCGCGCCCUCGUCCGCGACCUGGCCACCGCCCACCCGGAGCUCUUCGACCUGAUGCCCUCGCACACCGAGGGCCGCACCACCGACGGCCUGUACGCCCGUCGCAACCUGCCCACCUUGAACCCGCUGGCGGGCGACCGCAUCCUCAGCUACGAGAUCGCGCACAUGCACCCGGCCGAGAACAGCCUGCAUGUCUGGCUGAGUGACGUCGAUGCCCGCGAGGUCAUCGAGAAGGGCUGGGGCCAGCGGUUCCCCCUGCCGGCCGUGCCGCAGGGUUGGGUCAUGGUGUAUGCGCCCCGGGACGAGGGGGAGAUGGAUAUCGUGGAGGGCGUGGUGAGGGCCGCGGCGCGGUGGGUCACCGGUGUUAUGGUCUAA